AUGGUGUACGCGUAUAACCUGCCCGAUGUACACGGCGAACGCGGGUAUGAUGCGUAUUAUUCGUAUUAUUCCAGCAGCGCGUAUCCAAGUCUCGGGAGCGGCACGCACGUGACUUCCCCGAAUACCAUUCGUGGCCAAGGCGCAUCGUCAGCGCACGCGCACAGAGCGAAACUCACGAAAGACCCAUUCUCUGGCCUGGACGUGUCCUCGCACAUCGUCUCGGCGUUAAACUCCACCGGGAACACGCAAAGAUACGACGUGAAUCACGACACGAUGUUUCAAAAUCCAAACUCGCAGUGUUUCGUGAAACCGAUCGAGGAAGGCGGCGUCGGCGCCAUGGCGAUUAUGUUCAUAUUCAUCUCCGCGGUGGUCGUCGGCGCGAUACCGCAAUACGUCAAGUUGGUCGUUUUAGGGAACGCGGACGGUUUAUCCCCCCGUCACAGCCUACUGCUAGAUGGCGCUAUUCUCC